AUGACAAAGAGAACUACUGUAAAUGGAGUAUGCUAUUCUAUUCUUACCGAUUAUAUGAUUCACUUAAAUAUUAGUGGAGUUGAAGCAACUUGUUUAACUGAAUAUCAGUUUAAUGGAAAAGUAAAAUUCAUCGUUAGUUGGGUUAGUAAUAAAAAUAAAGAAGAAUCUGUAGCAAGUGAACAAUCUGCAA